AUGGUUCUCGGCAGGGUUGCACACUACGCCUUCGACGCGGUACUACUCUCCGCCUUCCUCGCUGGCGUAAGACGCUCCACGGGCCUCACACCCAGUGUAAAGCCAGAUCAGUUCAGCGAAACACCAAACGUCAAGAAAUGGAUCGAUAACUACCUCUGGGUCGGCGAGACCGUCAUGGAUCAGAGUGUCGCCUUCUUCGCCGCGAGUUCGUACUUUGAGAGGAAGCGGUAG